AUGACCCCCUCCAGGGCGUCCCCGCGCCCCAGAGGCCCCCGGAGAAAUGCCAGCCAGCCCUACCUGUGCUCGGAGUCCCUGCUGCUCAGGGAGGAGGGGCUGCCGGCAGACGUUGGGGACAGCAGCGACCCCGAGCGCAUCUUCCAGAGCCUGCAGUCCCAGAAGGACCUCAUGGCCAACAUCCGCUGCCGGCCCUGGGCCAUGCGCCAGAAGCUGCGGGCGCUCCGGCGGGCCAAGGAGGUCGUGCUGCGGUUCGAGGGCCGGCUGACCAGGACCCGCGGCUACCAGGCUGCAGGCGCGGAGCUCUGGCGGAAGUCCGCGCGCCUGGCCUGUAACUUCGCGGCGCUCUUCAUCCCCUGGGAGACGAGGAUCAAGAAGAUCGAGAGUCACUUUGGCUCGGGCGUGGCCUCCUACUUCAUCUUCCUACGGUGGCUCUUUGGGGUCAACGUCGUGCUGGCCGUCAUGACGGGGGCUUUCAUCGUCGCCCCAGAGCUCAUCGCCGGCCAGCCCUUCGGGAGCACCGCCAGCAAGAGUGUCCCCGCGGCGCAGGCCGCCUCCGCCCAGGACCUGGACACCGUGUGGUCCCUGGGGGGCUACCUCCAGUCCUCCGUCCUCUUCUACGGCUUCUACGGCCGGGAGCGGCGCAUCGGGAGAGCGGGCUACCGGCUGCCGCUGGCCUACUUCCUGGUGGGGAUGGCCGUGUUCGCCUACAGCUUCCUGGUGCUCCUCAGAAAGAUGGCCAAAAACUCCCGCCUGAGCCUCGCCAGCGCCUCCGGCGACAACUACACCUUCUGCUGGCGGGUGUUCUGCGCCUGGGACUACCUCAUCGGGAACCCCGAGGCCGCCGAGAGCAAGGCGGCCGCCAUCGUGAACAGCAUCCGGGAGGCAAUCUUGGAAGAACAGGAAAAGAAGAAAAGCAAGAACCUGGCGGUGACCGUCUGUCUGCGGGCCGUGGCCAAUGUGCUGGUGCUGCUGUCGCUGGCCGGGAGCAUCUACCUCAUCUACUUCGUGGUGGAGCGGUCGCAGCGGCUGGAGCAGUCCAAGAAGGAGCUGACACUCUGGGAGAAGAACGAGGUGAGCGUGGUGGUCUCCCUGGUGACCAUGAUCGCGCCCUCGGCCUUCGACCUCAUUUCUGCCCUGGAGAUGUACCACCCGCGGACCACACUGCGCUUCCAGCUGGCCAGGGUGCUGGUGCUGUACCUGGGCAACCUGUACAGCCUCAUCAUCGCCCUCCUGGACAAGGUCAACAGCAUGAGCACCGAGGAAGCUGCCACCACCAGCAGCGGGAACGGGACCCACUGGCCCGGGGCCCCCGGGAGGAACAGCUCCUGGGCCCUGGGGCCGGCCGGCGCCCCCACGCCCGCCCCCGCGCCCCCGGCGGCCAACGGGACGGCCAGCCCCCCGAGCCUGCAGGACCAGUGCUGGGAGACCUACGUGGGGCAGGAGAUGCUCAAGCUGUCCAUCAUCGACAUGCUCUUCACCGUGGCCAGCGUGCUGCUCAUCGACUUCUUCCGCGGCCUCUUCGUCCGCUACCUCAGCGACUACUGGUGCUGGGACCUGGAGCGCAAGUUUCCUGAAUACGGCGAGUUCAAGAUCGCCGAGAACGUGCUGCAUCUGAUCUACAACCAGGGGAUGAUCUGGAUGGGCUCCUUCUUCUCGCCCUGCCUGCCCGCCUUCAACGUCCUCAAGCUGGUCGGGAUCAUGUACCUGCGGAGCUGGACCGUGCUCACCUGCAACGUGCCCCACCAGCAGGUGUUCCGGGCGUCCAGGUCCAACAACUUCUACCUGGCCAUGCUGCUGUUCAUGCUGUUCCUGUGCAUGCUGCCCACCGUGUUCGCCAUCGCCCGCUACCGGCCGUCCCUGCACUGCGGGCCCUUCAGCGGGCAGGAGAAGAUCUACGACGUGGUGGCCGAGACGGUGGCCGACCUGCCGGCCUGGUGCGGCGCGGUGGUGGGCUACGUGAGCAGCCCCGUGGUGAUCCUGCCCGCCGUGCUGCUGCUCUUCAUGCUCAUCUACUACCUGCAGAGCAUCGCCCGGUCCCUGAGGCUCAGCAACCGCCAGCUCCGCAUGCAGAUCCAGAACGCGAGAUCUGAAGACAAGAGGAAGGCGGCCCAGAUGGUGGAAGCCCGGAUCCAGACCCAGGAGGGCCCCCCGAGGCCGGCCCUGGCCCCCGCGGGGACGCCCCAGGACAACGGCCACGCCGUCAGCGCCGGCGUCGGCUCGCCCGGCGGCAGGAGAGGCCGGGGGGACGCGGCGGGCCAGCCCGCGCCCCACAGCCCCCCGCCCGGGCCGGGCAGCCCCGGCGCCCCCAGGUCCUGGCCGGAGCGCAGCGCCCGGAGAGGCCACGAUAGGACCUGUGAGCCCCGGGGGGAGAGCAUCCUGUCUCCAGGGGACACCCAGCGCCGCAGUGAGACCCCCCGGAGCCACCGGAGCCGCUCCGGGGCCCGGCGGCGGGGGACGGAGAGCCCCGGCUGCACCGUGACCACCCCGUCCCACAGGCGCCCCCGCGGUCCGCGGGCGGGCCCCGGCGGCCGGCCCCGGAGCAGGCCCCGCGCCCCGGAGACGUCUGCAAGGCGCAUGGAGGACGUCCGCCCCGACGAUGGCCCGCGGGGCCGCGAGCGCGUGCGUCCGGGGGGCGCGGCCCCCAGGUUCCACCUGGUCCAGGAGCGGGACCCCCGCGAGAACACGCACCCGCUGCUCUGGCCCCAAGGCCACUUCAAGGUCGUCGCCUCGGGGGCCCUGGUGGAGGUGGAGGCGUGCCCCAGGAGCAUGCGCUGUGCGCCAGGGGCCCCCCAACGCGCAAGCUCCCCGGGGCUGAGCGACAGUGAGGAGGAGGAGCCCCCGAGGCCUCUGCACCCCCGCUCCCUGCGCGGCCUGCCCGGGGGCCCCCACUUCUGUGCUGGCAACGGGCCCAGCAGCUGGGGCUGGGGGCACGCCCUGUCUUGGGACGAGGGUUUUGGGGGUCCCCUCGACGCUGCUCCAAGGUCUGUGCAGAAGAAGCCGCGCCCCCGGAACGCCCCGCACCCCCACCCCCCGCUGCGGCCCAGGGGGAGCCCCCAGUCCCAGCCGCCCCUCGCGGAAUCGGACUCGCUGUCGGCAUCCAGCAGCGACGGCGCCGACCAGUACCUGCAGGUCCGCCGCGGGCCCGGCCGGCCACCCGGGUGCGCGCGCCCCGCGGGGGGCAGGGGCCAGGCCCCUGGGAGGCGGGAGCGCGCGGAUCUGAGCGGCCUGGUCUGCUCACGCGUGUAG